CACCGUCCUGGAGCGGGAGUGGAGGCCCGCGCAGCACGAGGUUGCGAUGCCGGGCUUCGGGGAGCUAGGCCGUGCUGGUCAGGGCCUCGGCUGCGGGGCCUGGGGCACCGGCUUCUAGGGCGGGUGGACGCGCUGCUUCCGCCUUCGAGGUGGGCGGUGGUGCUGAGGAGAGGUUUCCGACCAGCUCUGACAGUUUUGAAUCUUGGCGCUGGCGCAAUAAGCAGUUUAACUGUUGGUUAGCAGAGCAGAAAUGAUGUGAAGCAAAACUCUGAAUUCUGAAAGACACUAUUUCACCAUGGGACAGCAAAUUUCGGAUCAGACGCAAUUGGUUAUUAACAAGUUACCAGAAAAAGUAGCAAAGCACGUCACCUUGGUUCGGGAAAGCGGCUCCUUAACUUAUGAAGAAUUUCUGGGGAGAGUAGCCGAGCUCAACGAUGUAACUGCUAAGGUGGCUGCUGGCCAGGAAAAACAUCUUCUCUUUGAGGUACAACCUGGGUCUGAUUCCUCUGCCUUUUGGAAAGUGGUUGUACGUGUGGUCUGUACAAAGAUUAACAAAAGCAGUGGUAUUGUGGAAGCUUCGCGGAUCAUGAAUUUAUACCAGUUUAUUCAGCUUUAUAAAGACAUCACAAGUCAAGCUGCUGGAGUGUUGGCGCAGAGCUCCACCUCUGAAGAGCCCGAUGGGAGCCUGUCCUCUGUAACGUCUUGUCAGGCUAGUCUGUGGAUGGGCAGGGUGAAGCAGCUGACGGAUGAGGAGGAGUGUUGUAUCUGCAUGGACGGGCGAGCUGACCUCAUCCUGCCCUGUGCUCACAGCUUCUGUCAGAAGUGCAUUGAUAAAUGGAGUGAUCGGCACAGGAACUGCCCCAUUUGUCGCCUACAGAUGACUGGAGCGAAUGAAUCGUGGGUGGUGUCAGAUGCACCCACUGAAGAUGACAUGGCCAACUAUAUUCUUAACAUGGCUGACGAGGCUGGCCAGCCCCACAGGCCGUGACUGAGGAAGACUCUUGUUAUUGUGAGCUGCAAUACACUCUGGUCAUAGAGGAGGAGUGGAGGGAUGUGUGGCGCACACAGGAAGAUCAGUUUUUCCACCCUCUUAUUUUUGCUAUUCUGAUAAUAUGUCCCGUUCCUAAAUAAACUCCCUUCCCAUGUCUUCCAUGUAGGGUGGGCUACACUUUGCUACUGUUUGGCCAUAUUCCCCACUGUCCACCUGUCCUUUGUUGCUCUUGAACCCUUUGCUACAGAUAGCAGCCAUACUUGACACUACUGCUUUUCAGGGAGGGGUGUUCUGCAUCUUCUUAGCUAGGUUUAAAAUGUAGGCUAUUGAAAGUUGUGGCCAUCUGAGCUAAACUAUUGGAACUAAUGUCUCAGUGGGGUUGCUACCGCUGGGACCUGAGGUGCACUCCGCCCCCUUGUGGUUCAUCCUGGAUCCUUCAAUACUAUGGCCCAGUUGCUUCUUGGCGUUACUGUAACUUCAGCAUGGGUUCUGGCGCUACUCGAUCACUGCGGUGCUGCAGCGCUCAGAGAAGGGCUCUGAGCUUGGGACUUGGUCUUGCAAUGGACUCGACUGGAAGAAUUUUCACGGCUUUUCUCCGGACCUGGAGAGGGGUCCACUGGAUUACCCAUAAUGGCCCUGUAGCUUGGCUUUCUGAAGGAAUCUCUUUCGUGCAGAUACACUUUUAUCUUUCCGGGUCACUCUGAGUCAUCAAAUCUGAGCUGGAGUCUUUGUUUUAAGUAAAGGCACCUUUCAGAGGCUUCGGUUUCCUCAAAUCUCCUGGAUAUUU